GAAAUCAGCUAAGAAAUAAUGGAUUUUCUAAAAAACAACGCGGCGGAGGAGGCGCGGUGCCAGACGGCGAUGACAGUUAAAAUGGCGUCCAUAGCCGUUUACGCGUUAGGGUUCUUCGUCGCCAUGGUUUUGUGCAACUUUGUUCACUUUCUCUUGCGUCCUAUUUCUCAACCUCGCAUCAUUUCUGAAGCCGUGGUAGGGUUGUUUCUGAGCAAUAUCCGGACCGUACGAAAGUAUUUAGACGAGAAGGAUAUUAAAGACACAUUAAGCUACAUUGUGGAUGUUAUAAUGAUAUGUCACAUGUUUGUGGUGGGACUAGAAAUAGAUCCCAACAUAUUUCAACACUUACACCUCCCGGAGACUAAGGUUGCCUAUUCCGGGGUGCUGGCCACCUUCAUACUGGCCAACUUUCUGGUCCCGUCCCUGAAGAUGUCCUCGGACAUGAUGAUCAACAUCGGGCUCUGCCUCGUGCUGUCCGGCACGGCCUCUCCUCUGCUCACCCGCAUCAUAACCGAUCUAAAGAUCGGCAAGUCUGACAUCGGGCGGUUCGUGGUGGCGGCCGGGGUCCACUCCGACGUCGUUUCCACUAUCCUCAUCUCCUUAGGGUACAUAGCGUUCGACCCGUUCGAGAACUUCCAGAACCGCAACCCGAGGAGCGUGGCGAAAAUGGCGACGACGCUGGUGCUCCAGACGGCACUGGCGAAGAGGGCGGCGCCGGUGGUGAUGAACUGGGUGAACCACGAGAACCCGGAGGGGAAGUCCAUGAAAGGGUCCCACCUGGUGAUCACCAUAGCCUUCGUGGUGUUGGUGUGCAGCACUUCGCCGUACUUCGGGGAGUUUAAUAAGGUUUUGUCGGCGUUUCUGGCGGGGCUUUUCAUGCCCAGAGAUGGGAGGAUAUCCAGGAUGAUGAUCACCAAGGUUAACUAUGUUUUUACCACCAUUUUUUACCCUUUGUUUUUCCUCUGGGUAGGGAGUUCCGCACACGUCAACAAAUUUGGGGUUGCUCAUUGGAACACGUGGAUUAACGUUGUGUGCUUGUUCGUGAUAACGACUGUCGGAAAAGUUGUCGGAUCAUUGGUGUCGGGAGUGAUGCUUGGGUUUCAUUGGCCGGAAUCCGUUGCAAUUGGUUUGCUUCUCAAUACCAAGGGCCAUUUUCAAGUCUUCUUGGGUGUUGUCGGCUUAGUUGUCAAAUCAACUUUUCCUCCUAUGAAGAAGUUGGGUUUGAGUGUGAUUCCGGAGUCGGUUGGGCUUCCAGUGGUGUUUAUGACUUUUUUGACAAUAGUCUACACCCCGUUAGUUGUGGCAAAGAUCAUUAGCUGGGCGAGGAAGCGUUCGCCGUCGCAAAGAAUGGCACUCCAAUUGCUCAGUGCAUCCGACGAGCUGCGAGUCCUGCUUUGUCUGCGAGGCAAACAGAACGUUUCUUGCGCAAUCAACUUCAUCGAGAUCUCACGCGGCCCGGUGGACCCCGGGAUCAUGAUAUAUCUGACGGAGAUGAUUGAGUUGACGGACAGGGUGGCGGCCACGAUGGCUAGCGGCAACGACCAAGGGGCGGUGGACGGCGUGGCGACGGUGGCGGACCCGGAGGUGGUUCGGCUGAGAGAGGAAAUCAACAGCUCGGUUCAGGCUUACGUUCCGGAGCGGAGCGAGGGGAUUAACGUUAAACAAAUGAUGGCUCUCUCCACCUUGAAUAGUAUGCACCAGGAUGUCUGCAUUCUCGCCGAGGAUCUAAUGGUCCACUUGGUGGUUAUGCCGUUCCACAAAAACCGGACGCCGGACGGGAAGCUAGACACCGGAAACUCCGGGUUCCGCCACGUCAACCGGAAGGUGCUCCGACACGCGCCGUGUUCCGUGGGGAUCCUAGUGGACCGGGGGCUGGGAGCCAUAACGAUAUCGACCACCAGCAUUUGCCUGAACGCCGCUGUGAUCUUCAUCGGCGGGAAAGACGACAGGGAGGCUCUGUCCUACGUGGGGCGCGUGGCGAGACACCCCGGAGUGAAACUCACGGUGAUACGGUUCCUCCUGGAGGCCGGCGAGGACAGCGUGGCGGCGAGAAUCAGCAAAGCGAAGGCCAACACCGCGGAGCACCAGGAAGAGAUGAAGCUGGACGACGAGUGCUUCGCGAAGUUCUAUGAUCGGCACGUGGCCGGUGGGCGCGUGGCGUACAGGGAGAAGUAUCUGGUGAAUUCGGGGCAGACAUUUUCGACGUUGAGGUCUCUAGAAGGGCAAUACGAGCUGUUCAUAGUGGGGCGAGGGGGGAGAGUGAAUUCUGUGUUGACGGUGGGGAUGAAUGACUGGGAAGAGUGCCCGGAGCUAGGUUUGAUAGGAGAUAUUCUUUCGGCUUCCGAUUACUCGGUCGCCACUUCUGUUUUGAUAAUCCAGCAACAUAGUUUUAAGGGGGAAAUAGACGGUCUUCAGGAAGAAUUCUCAAUCAUGUAA